AUGGACCCCUCCUCUGAGACCCUCCCAGCUCCUCUGAGGGUCUUGGAUCUGGUCAAGUUUGAGCCAAAGACCACCGAACCAGCUAAUGUUGGGGCAGUGAGAGAAGAGAUGUUUGAGCAGCAGCAGGCUGCAGCUGUGUCCAUCCCAGCUCCUACACCUGCCCCAGGACAGAUGUAUGACACACAUAAAUCUGAGCUUCAGGCUCAACCAGAGCAGGAGGGACGACAAAAACAGACAAAAAGAAGGAACAAGAAGAGGCCACAAAAGCCAGAGGCAGAAGUGACACAGGGAAAAGCAAAUGCACACAAGCCUCACGAAGAGAACUCUGUCAAACCUCAGACUUCUCAGACACAUGUUGCCAGAGAACAGAGCAGUAAAACCCAACAUGCUCCAAGUAAAGCUCCACAAGAGUUUAUCCCAGCUAAAAAUAUGGUUUGGGACCAUAUAAAAGGGAGAUUUGGACAGAAGGAGGCAGCGGCUUUCACUUCAGUAAAGCCAAAAGCCUGGAGUAACAUCCUCAUCGAAACAGGUCCUUAA